AAGUGUUCAGUACUCGCUUGGAUCACAUGGAGUCAAGUUGAUCCUCUUCUCUCCAUCAACAGUCUUGGACCUUUUUUUGUUGUUGUUCCUUUUAUAAUUUUUUCUUUCUACAUUAAGAGUGAAUUCCUGUGAUAGAGUUUGUCGUUGCGGUGCUAAAGGAUGCAAAACACAUUGGCUGAAAAUAAUAUUUUAAAGAUACCUUUUUGAGGAAAAUUUUCUUCAAUAUUUUUGUGAAAAAGUUUGACUUUUUUCUUGAAUUUCUUUUGUGUGCAAUUUACAUUGAGAUUACGCUACGUGAAGAACAAAAAAUAUGGCUUUCGAAAACCACGCUUUGAAUGAUUCAAUGCUCAACAUACCCUCGGAACCACGGGGAGCUUACACUGGCUCAAAUCAGUUUAUUCACACAUGCCUCAGCUGUUUCAUGUUUGAUCGAGAAAAUGCACAACCUUUUUUAGUUAAUGAGGAUGGAAAGAAGACAACGAGGGAUCAGCUAAGGACCGUUGGGCCGUGGUGUCGUCAAAAAGCGAAAAAUAUCUUCCGCAAGAAGACGCUUUACAAGAGGCUUCCAAUUCUCAGUUGGUUGCCAAAGUAUUCAGGGGCGGAUGCUGUGGGAGAUUUAGUAGCUGGUAUCACCGUGGGAUUGACUGUAAUUCCUCAAGCGCUGGCGUAUGCUGGAAUUGCGGGACUUCCUGCGGCUUAUGGGCUCUAUGGUUCAUUCAUGGGAUGCUUUGUGUAUAUUUUCUUGGGUUCCCACAAGGAUGUCCCCAUAGGUCCAACGGCUAUUGCUUCACUCCUCACGCUUCAAGCCUCGAAGGGUGUUUGGCAAAGAGCUGUGCUCCUCGGCUUCCUUUCGGGCCUUAUUGAAAUAGUAAUGGGUGUCUUUGGACUUGGUUUCCUGCUGGACUUUGUAUCCGGACCUGUAAACUGUGGCUUCACCAGUGCUGUUGCCCUCAUUAUUCUUUCGUCACAAAUUAAGGAUAUUCUCGGAAUUUCCGCUUCUGGCAAUACCUUCGUUCAAAUGUGGACAUCAAUCAUUGAACACGUUCCUGAUACACGUCUCUGGGAUACCGUCUUGGGGAUUGUGUGCAUCAUAGUCUUGCUGCUCAUGAGGAAAUUGGCAAGUUUGCAGAUUGGCCCUGUGAAUGAUGGUGAAAAAACCACAAUGCAAAAGGCUAUAAAUAAAACUCUUUGGCUCAUUGGAACAUCCAGGAAUGCCAUUCUUGUGAUAAUCACAGGUGGAAUUGGUGCAGCAGUUCACUAUUCUGGUGAGCAAUUCUUCAAACUUAUUGGGCCAAUCCCACCUGGUCUGCCAUCCUUCGAAGCACCACCAUUUUCCAUUCCUGAAAUCACAAAUGGUACAGAAAUUAUCCAGGAGGGUGAAACUUUCAGUGAAAUGGUGUCACAGCUAGGAUCUGGCCUCAUUGUCAUUCCCUUGAUUGCCCUCCUGGAGAACAUGGCUAUCUGCAAGGCAUUUGCCGAUGGGAAAGCAAUUGAUGCAUCACAGGAGUUGAUUGCCAUUGGAACGGCAAAUGUCUUUAAUUCCUUCGUUCAAGGAUAUCCUGGAAAUGGAGCCCUUUCCCGUGGUGCUGUGAAUCAUGCUAGUGGUGCAAGGACACCAAUGGGAAGUCUCUACACUGGUGUUCUCGUAAUCCUGGCCCUGCUGUUCUUCACUCCCUACUUCUACUACAUCCCCAGGUCAGCUCUUGCAGCUAUUAUCAUUGCGGCUGUUAUCUUCAUGGUGGAAGUCCGAGUUAUUAAGCCAAUGUGGCGAAGCAAGAAAACUGACCUUCUUCCUGGAAUUGCUGCCUUUAUUGCCUGCCUAGCGUUGCCCCUUGAAUUUGGUAUCCUUGUUGGUAUUGGAAUAAAUGUGAUAUUCAUCCUUUAUCACUCUGCGCGUCCCAAGAUUACCAUUGAAUUAUGUGUGACAAGCGGAGUCAACACGAAAUACUUAAUGAUUACACCUGAUAGAUGCCUCAUCUUCCCAUCGACAGAGUAUGUGAGGAAUCUUGUGAACAAACAAGGAUUGAAAUCCCAAACUCCCGUAGUCAUUGACUGUAGUCACAUUUAUGGAGCCGACUACACGGCAGCUACAGUGAUUGAGUCACUUGUAAAAGAUUUCGAGUCUCGUGAGCAGAAAAUUUUAUUCUACAACCUCAAACCAUCGGUAUUGCACGUCUUUGAGGGGAUUGAUAAUAAAAUUAUGGUUUAUUAUGACUUUGAUACCCUCGAGAGGGUAAUAAAUGAGAAAUAAGUAGAUUUAGAGACAUGGAAAUAGGCUACGCUUAGGUUACAAAACUGUACAAAAUAUUCUGUGAGAGAAAAACAUGCUUGCCAAUCUGAAGGAGUUGUAAGAAAGUUUUAUUGAAACGCAAUUAUGAUAAUAAAUUAUUACAAACAUUUAAAUGUUAA